UUUCGUCGAUUGUUUUGUGUAAUUUAUUCUCAUAAUUUGCAUAGAAAAAUAUUGACAAACAGUUUUACGAACUCAAACACAAUCACAAACACGCUGUGGUUGGAGGAGAAGAUUGGUUUGUACGGUUUUGCAUAAUGUAUGUGCUGGAGAUUGGUGGAAAAAAGUGAGAACUGAAAUACAUUUUUAUUUACUUAAGUGAAAUCGAAAAGUGCAGUUUAAGCGUCAUGCGAGCAAGUCUAGCGGCGGCGCAUUAAAAUUGGAGUCUUCAAGUGUCCUUAAGGCGAACAGAAAAGAAUUGAGCUUCAUAAGCCAGUAUAACUGUAAAAAAUGAACAUGGAAUCAAUGAAGAUGCGCAGCUUGCCGAAGAUUCCAGUGUCAAAGCAGAAUUCAGUAGCAAGCGCCAAGAAAACAGCGGACAAAAAGUUUAGUGAGGACGAGUCCAAAACAAUAACUGAGCUUAAAAAGCUUUACUUGGAAACCAUUAAGCUGGACGUGGAUUUGCAAAAAGAGAUUUAUAAUAUGGAAAAAGCAUUUGAGGUUAAGCAUAAUACAAUUUUCGAAAAGCGCGCCAAGCUGCUCGAUGAUUACCGCAAGCAGGCACAAGACGAUACCAACACUGAGAGCAAUUUGUCAAACUUUUGGUUACGUGUACUCAAGGCAUCCUACACGGAGUUUAUAAGCAAAAAGGAUGAAAAAAUACUAACGCAUCUCACCGAUAUACGAUCGACAUUGUGCAACGACCCGAUUGUUAUGUUCAUUAUUGAAUUUCAUUUUGAGCCGAAUGAAUUUUUUUCGAAUACUAUUUUAACGAAAACAUACUUUUUGAAUUGCCUGCCCGACGUGGAUGAUCCGCUUUCGUAUGAUGGUGCUGAAAUUUACAAAUGUGAAGGUUGUAAAAUCGAUUGGAAGCAAAACAAUAGCGAAAAGGAUAAAAAAUCAUACACUUCGUUUUUCGACUUCUUCAGUCCGCCGACACUGCCCGAAGACACGGAGGAUCCAAACUAUUGCGAUAUAAAUGCUAUUUUACAAAAUGAUUUUGAGCUCGGCUUCUAUCUGAAGGAGCGCGUAAUUCCAAAGGCUGUGAUGUUUUUCACCGGUGAAAUUGCCGAUUGUCAAAGUUCGGACUCCGAGUCCGAGGAUACGGACGAUGAGGACGACGACGACGACGAUGAUGACGAUGAGGAGGAAUCAUCCAAUAAUGAGGCGAAGGAAGACUAAGCUUAUUAUUUCCUAUAUUUAUUCAAUUAUUAUUAUCACUAUCUUUUUAAACAUUGUGAAAACUAUCUCUCCGCUGCAUAUGCAUUUUAUAUGUAUGUAUGUAUAUAUACUUUCAAAAUAAUAUUUCUGAAUAAAAUUUAUGUCAACAAGUA